UAAAUAUUUUGACAAUGAAGGCCAAAACAGUUGUACCACAUAUGUUGAACCAAAACUAGUAUCAUAAGAGUAACUCCAAACUAUAUAAAAGAAAAGUAGGAAACAAAACUAGUGUAACCAAUGAUAACAACAUUUUUUUAGGCAUGGAGUUGACGCGGUGUACAAACUGCCACCAAUUUAACCUUCUUAUGAAUAGUGAGUCCUGGACAUUCACCCAUGUCUAGUUCAUCCACUCUCAUACCUUCCGGCAAACUCCAAUCAAACCCAUUCACCAUAUUCGCCAGCACCAAUUCAUUCGUCGCCAUGGCGAACGAAAUUCCAGGACAACCUCUCCUUCCAGCACCGAACGGAAUCAGCUCGAAAUCCUGCCCCCGAAAAUCCACCUUACAACCAUCAUUUAAAAACCUCUCUGGCAUGAACUCCUCUGGUUGCUCCCAAAUCCCCGGGUCCCUCCCGAUCGCCCACGCGUUCACCAUCGUCAUCGUUCCGGCAGGAACGUGGUAUCCUUCGAUCUCCACGCUCCGUGAAGGUUUUCGAGGAACCAAG